AUGUCUAUGUUGCCGCCAAAGCCGGCAGCUCCUCGGACAAACACUCGACCAGAUGCUGAUUUAUCGCAGAAGCCCAAGGCCAAGGCCGCCGCCGUCCCCAAGAAGGCGCCGGCGAAGAAACUGACGCAAACCACUCUGAAGACGAAGGCCGCGCCGAAGAAGCGGGCGAAGCCCGAAUCCGACGACGAUGAUGGCGCAUCCGCUUUCGACAGCACGCCCCCUAGUGCGAAGAAGCUUAAGAAGGCUCCCGCUGCCAAAAAGUCAAGCGGGAACCCUCUUGCGGAAAUUGAAAACGACAGCAUGAUGGUCGACGAUGAGGAGGAGCCCGCCCCGGGACCCAAGUCCAAGAAGACGGCCACCGAUACCUACCAGAAGCUCACCCAGCUUGAGCAUAUCAUCAAGCGUCCCGAUACCUACAUUGGAUCCGUGGAGCCAACCGAGCAACCCAUGUGGGUGUUCAACAAGGAGACGAAUCUCAUGGAAUACCGCAAGGUCACGUACGUUCCUGGUCUCUACAAGAUUUUUGAUGAAAUUCUCGUCAACGCCGCCGACAACAAGCAACGCGACGCUACCAUGACCUACAUGAAAAUCUCCGUCGACCGCGAAGCUGGAGAGAUCACCGUUGAGAACAACGGUAAAGGUAUCCCGGUCGAGAUUCACGGCAAGGAGAAGAUUUACAUCCCUGAGAUGAUCUUCGGUCACCUCCUUACUGGUUCCAACUACGACGACGACGAGAAGAAGACUGUUGGUGGUCGUAACGGUUACGGUGCAAAGCUUUGCAACGUCUUCAGUGAGCAGUUCACCCUCGAGUGUCAAGACUCCAACAACGGCAAGAGAUACAAACAGAUCUGGACCGACAACAUGAGCAAGUGCGGCAAGGCAAAGAUCACCAGCAGCAAGACUAGCGACUUUGUUCGAGUCACCUUCAAGCCCGACUUCAAGCGCUUCAGCAUGACUGGCAUCGACGAUGACCUCGAGGCCCUCAUCUACCGACGCGUCUACGACAUGGCCGGUACCGUUCGGGGCAUCAAGGUGCACCUUAACGGCACCCACAUUAAGCUUGCUUUCAAAGGCUACUGCGAGAUGUAUGCCAAGGCCAUCGCGAAGGAACGUGGUGCCGAGGAGGGUGUCGAGCCCAAGGUCGUUGUCGAAGUUGACAAAACCGACGCUCACCCCAGAUGGGAGAUUGCCUUCACCGUGUCUGACGGCACGUUCCAGCAGGUCUCGUUCGUCAACUCCAUCGCCACCACGUCUGGUGGUACACACGUCAACUACAUUGCCGACCAGAUUACAGGCUCCCUGCUCAAGACCCUCGACAAGAAGAAGAAGGGCCACGCUCUCAAGCAGAACCACAUUCGCAAUCACAUCUUCAUCUUUGUCAACUGUCUUGUCAACAAUCCCGCAUUCACCUCCCAAACGAAGGAGCAAAUGACUACCAAGGUCAGCCAGUUUGGUAGCAAGUGUGCCUUGACUGAGGAAUUCCUAAAGAAGAUCGCCAAAUCAGACGCCAUCCAGAACAUCAUUGACUUCGCUGAGAAGAAAGCCGACAAGAUGAUGGCCAAGAGCGACGGAAACAAGCGAUCACGCAUCAGCAACUCGAAACUGGUUGAUGCUAACUUGGCCGGCACUCGCCAUGGCCACGAAUGCACACUCAUUCUCACCGAAGGUGACUCUGCCAAGAGUUUGGCUGUUGCCGGCCGCGCAAUUCUCGACCCCGACCGCAUCGGAGUCUUCCCCCUUCGUGGUAAGAUGUUGAACGUCCGUGACGCAUCUAUCGACCAGAUCACGAAGAACCAGGAAAUCCAGAACAUCAAGCAGUUCCUCGGCCUGAAGCACAAGCAGACCUACACGGAUACGAAGAGUCUACGCUACGGCCAUCUGAUGAUCAUGGCCGAUCAGGAUCACGACGGUUCUCAUAUCAAGGGUCUUCUCAUUAACUUCUUGCAAGUUCAGUACCCAUCCUUGUUGCAAAUCCCCGACUUCUUCCGGGAGUUCAUCACUCCCAUCGUAAAGGUCUGGCAGGGACCCAACCCAAAGAAGCCGCUUCGCCUCAAGUCCUUCUUCACCCAGCCUCAGUAUGAGGAGUGGAAGGAAGGUCACAGGAGCGAACUGGCCAGGUGGCACUACAAGUACUACAAGGGUCUGGGUACCAGUUCGAACGAAGACGCCCAGGUCUACUUCACCAACCUUGACGACCAUCUCAAGGAGUUCGACACGAUGAAGCCGGACGAGGUGGAGCUUUUCGACCUCGCCUUCUCCAAGAAGAAGGCGGACGCCAGAAAGGAGUGGCUCGGCAACUUUGUACCCGGUACUUUCCUUGACCACUCGACCAAGUCCAUCACUUACACGGACUUCGUCAACAAGGAACUCAUCCUCUUCUCCAUGGCCGAUAAUAUGCGAUCCAUCCCUUCCGUCGUCGAUGGACUGAAGCCCGGUCAGCGUAAGGUCAUCUACGCCUGCUUCAAGAGGAACCUGGUCAAGGAUCAGAAGGUCGUUGAAUUGGCUGGUUAUAUUUCUGAGCAGACGUCCUACCACCACGGUGAAGUCUCCCUUCAGCAGACCAUCAUUGGUCUUGCUCAGAACUUCGUGGGCUCCAACAAUGUCAACUGCCUGGAGCCCUCUGGAAACUUCGGUUCUCGUCUUGCCGGUGGUUCGGACGCUGCCAGCCCUCGUUACAUUCACACGAGACUGUCUCCGUUCGCCAGGAAGAUCUUCUCCCCUCUCGAUGAGCCCAACCUGGAGCCGCAGUACGAGGACGGGAAGAGAAUCGAGCCCAAGGUCUAUGCGCCAAUUAUCCCCAUGAUUCUCUGCAACGGUGCUGAUGGUAUUGGUACUGGUUGGAGUACCUCCAUCCCCAACUACCACCCGAUCGACAUCGUCAACAAUCUAAAGAGACGCAUGGGCCGCCUCGAUCCCUCGAACCCAGAGGAUGCCGCCUUCCAGCCGAUGAUGCCUUGGUUCCGUGGUUGGAAGGGCACCCCCGAGCAGUCCGAAAAAGACCGUUACAAGUUCAACGGCAUCUGCGAGAUCGACGAGAGGACCGGCGAAGUCAUUGUCACUGAGCUUCCCAUCCGCAUGUGGACAGAUGACUUCAAGGCGAAGCUGGAGGAGGUCAUCAGCGGCACCAAGGGCCCUGUUUGGAUCAAAGAUUACAAGGAGUUCAACGACCACAAGAACGUUCACUUCGUCAUUCAGAUGGACGACAAACACACCAAAGACAUCUUGGCGGACGGUCUCUUGGAGCGCUUCAAGCUCAGCAAGCAGAUUGCCACCUCAAACUUGGUCGCCUUCGACACUCGUGGCCAGAUUCGCAAGUAUGAAAAGGUUGAGGACAUUCUAGAGGAGUUCUACAACUACCGUCUGGACAUGUACGCCCAGCGCAAGAAGCACUGGCUUGGUGUAUACCAUUCGGACUUCAGGAAGCUCUCCGAGCAAGCCCGUUUCAUCAGGGAGAUUAUUGAAGGAAAGCUUGUUGUGGCCAAGAAGAGGAAGCAGGUCCUCGUCGAGGAGCUCGCCAAGCGAAAGUACGAGGCCUUCCCCAAGAACAAGGACAAGAACGUCAAGAAGAAGUCCACAGACGAGGACAUGGAGGGCAACGAUGAGGAUGAGGAGGAUACCGACGAGCAGACCAACGGCUACGAUUACCUGCUUUCUAUGCCCAUCUGGUCUCUGACCUACGAGCGCCUCGAGAGACUGGAGAGGCAGAUCGAGAACAAGAAGGCCGAGCACGACGCCCUUCUCGCCCUCGGCGAGAAGGAUCUCUGGAUCCAGGACCUCGACGACUUCGUGGCCGAGUGGGAGAACCAGAUGGCCCUAGACGCUGAAAUCCAGACCAAUAUCCGCAGACUCGGUAGGCGUGUGUCGAAGAAGAUUGGUGCUGGUAAGGGCCGCAAGGCCAAGAAAGACGACGAUGAUUACGCGCCUGGAGAGAAGAAACGUGCUGGCGCCAAGGCCAAGGCCGCUCCCAAAGUAACGGAAAAGGCAGCUGAGAGAUUUGCCGCCAUGUUUGACAAGGCAAAGGUGAAGCCCAAGAAGGAGGAGGCCGAGUCUGACGCUUUCUCGGACGAUGACUUUGCUGCUCUCGGUCGCAAGGGCGCCGCCAAGCCAGUGGCUCCUAGCGAAACCCGCCCGAGGGCGGCGGCAACCAAGAAGAAGCCCAUCUACACCUUGAGCGACUCCGAUGACGAGGACUUCGCCAGCCUGGACAAGAAGAGUACAUCAGUCCCGGCAGAGUCAGCGACCGAGGACAACUCCUCGCAGGCCCAGAAACCAGUGGCGGCCAAGAAGCCCCCACCCCGUGUGGAAGAGUUGGCUAGUGACGACGAUUUCGAAAAUCUGGGAAGCAAGAAGAGCUCCAGCGUCAAGCCCGAAACGAAGCCCGCAGCCAAGCCUGCCGCGAAGCUCGCAUCGGUCGAGCCUGAAGCCAAGGGCAACGCUUCUCGUACGCAACGAGCUGCUUCGACGAAGAAGAAGUACGUUCUUGACGAGUCGUCCGAGCUGUCUGAGGACAAUUUCCAAAGCGUCGAGGAAAAGAGCGCCUCUCCCGAGCCGGCACCCGCGAAGCCCUCAGCUAACGGCAGGGGUCAACGAAUUGCUGCGACAAAGAAGUCCAAGUACGUCCUGGACGACGAGUCUGAGUCUGAAGCAAACGACAGCCAGAUCGGAGACAUUGGUGCUCUGGUUCGAGGCAUCGGCGCGCCCAAGACAGAUAAAGAGAAGGGUCGACUUAGUCUGUUUGCCAUGAACCGCCCUGACGGGCGCGACUCCACUCUGCCCAAGAUCAGGACGAAGGCGUCAAGAAACUUUGACGACGAUAGCGUCGACGACACCAACUACGAGAUGCUUGCUCGCUCGUCUCCCCACAAGACCUUUACCAAGGGCGAUGAAGUUGAUAGCUUCUUGAGCGACGACGGUGCCCCUGCUACCAAGGCUUCCAAGACAUCCGCCGCCAAGGAGUCUAAGGCUGCCGCUGCUGCACCUGUCAAGAAGGCUCGUGGCCGUCCUGCGGGAACGAAAAACAAGCUCAAGGAUGCCGAAGCAGCACCUGUGCCCAAGGCCAAACCCAAGGCGAAGGCUGCCUCCAAGCAGACCACCCUCUCUCCCGCUGCUAAGGCAUACGCCGCAAAGAAAGCGACCAAGCGUGUCUUGAGCGACGACGAAGACGAUGACGCGGAGGUGGAAGAGGCCGAGUCUCCGCCUCGCCCGGCUGCUAGAAGCAGACCUGGACGAGCGGCAGCGACCAAAGCGAAGGCUAAGCCAACCUAUGUUAUCGACGACGACAGCGAGAUGGAUGUUGACGAGCCAGAGAGCGACGACCCCUUCGACAUGGAUAGCGAUUAA